UUGUUUACUCCGGCUAACAUAACCUUUAAAACCGUUGAUUUUAUUUGUGAUGUUAAAGUAAUUGUAUUCUUUUUAUUUUAAUUUACAAUUAAUGCUGAACUGUUGUCUGUUGUGCGUACUAUGGAUCAAAAUAAAGCAAGAUCCUUAUUACGAGAAGGGGCUAUUCUCGUUCUUUUGGACGUUCCAGAAGGAACUGAGAUGGGCAUUGAUUUAAAAGUUUGGAAUACUGAAGAAAAUUUUCGAGGAUUUAAGAUGAUUCCUCCUGGUUUGCACUUUAUUUUUUAUAGUUGUGUCAGUAAAACUGAAGAUAUUGCUCCACGACGUGGAUUCUUUCAUAACUUUAAGAAGUCAGAAUUCCUAGUAAAAAAAUGGAAUAAGGGGAAGGAAGAUUUAUGCCUUGAAGAAGUUGAUAACAAGGAAGUGGUUGGUUUGAAAGAUAAUUAUAUUGCUUUAGACAAAUUUCUUGGCCCUUAUCCAUUUGAAAUUCACAAGAGAUGGUCUGCAUUAAUUUCACAUAUAACAACAAAAGUUUUGGAUCGUCAUAAUCCAAUUCAGGGUAAAAUAAUGUCAGCUAUAGAACUUAUUCCUUGCUCAGAUGCCGAUAGACCUCGUGGUAUAAAGAAAACUGCAAAUUUAGAUAGUGCUGGAUGUUCAAGCAGCAGCAGCAGUGACAGCAAUACCACUGUAAAUUACACAAAUGCUACGAAGAGGUCAAGACUGAGCUGUCCCUCUGAUUUAGAACAAAUUCUUUUGCCAAAUUUAAAACCUGUACCGGGUUCUGAAUUGAGAUUUACACCUUUCCCAUCAAAAGUUUUUCCAGAAGGUUGUACACCCUCUGAAAUUACGAAACAUUGCCUGGAUUUGACUUAUACAUUAGAGAAUAUGCUUACAAGUUAUGACGAACCUUCAGAAAUAAUAGGGGAACUACAAUUCUGCUAUGUGUGUUUUCUGGUUGGUCAUAGUUUGGAAGCAUUUGAACAGUGGAAAAAGCUUGUUGGUCUUCUGUGCUCUUGUGAAACAGCAAUAAAGAAAUACAGACAAGUUUUUGAUCUCUUUGUAACUGUUCUUGAAGCACAGCUCAGGGAAAUCCCUGAAGAAUUUUUAGCUGACAUAGUUGCUAACAGUAACUACAUAUAUGUGAAACUGAAAAACUUUUUUGGGGUAGUAGAGGAAAGCGAUAUAGAUGGCAGGUUGAAAACAAAAAUCGAUCGGUUCAAAAAUAGCAUUAAGAAUUUUUUAAAAUGGGAUUUUUCAUUUACAGAGCGUGAAGAUGACGAUGAUGCACCAGUAAUUGUCGAAACUACGUGAAUAUUGCUUUACAAGAAAAUUAAUAAAAUAAGUUUUUUUAUGAAUACCUCAUAAAAUAAUUGUUAAAUGAUUUUGUAA